CCCUCUCCGGCGCCAGACGGGGCCGAGGGGGUGACGCCCGACACGCCCAAGAUGCUGAAGCUGGCGGAGCAGUGCCUGGAGAGAGCCAAGUCCAGCGCGGCCGAGCUGGGGAAGAGCCAGGUGAAGCCGGCAGCCCCCGAGAAGGGCCCAGGCCCUGUUCCCGUCUCCCGGCACCGCAGGGUCUUCUCGGACGAGGGCGGGAAGCUGUCGCCCUUCCUGCCCCCGGAGAUCUUCCAGAAGCUGCAGGUCGCGGAGGCGCAGAGCUCCAAGAAGGAGCUCACGCCGCUGGAGGAGGCAUCGCUGCAGAACCAGAAGCUGAAGGCCGCGUACGAGGCGCGCCUGGCCCGGCUCAACCCCAGCCAGGCCCUGCAGAAGACCUCUCUGACGCUGUCCCUCCAGCGGCAGAUGAUGGAGAACCUGGUGAUCGCCAAGGCGCGGGAGGAGACGCUCCAGCGCAAGAUGGAGGAGCGCCGGCUGCGCCUCCAGGAGGCAGCCAACAGGCGGUUCUCCAGCAGCGUGGCCCUAACCCCUGAGGAGCAGGAGCAGCGGGAGCUCUACGCCGCCAUCCUGGAGUACGAGCAGGACCACGAGUGGCCCCGGCUCUGGAAGAGCAAGCUGAGGAGGAACCCGGCAGACCUCACCCUGGUGUCCAGCCUCUUCUCCUGCCUCCUCAGCUGUCCCGACCACCCCAUCUGCCAGCUGCUGCGGAAACUUCAGUGUGCGGUCUACAGCCGGCUCUACCCUGUGGUUAGCCGGGGCAUGGGCGACCCCCCGACCUGCCUGUCACUAGAUGCUGAGGGGCUGCCAGUGCUGCCAGAGCCAGGGGGCCGGCGGCUCCGGGCCUCGCAGAGCCUGCACUGCAUGUUCUCCAUGCAUGAGACCAACCAGCUCAACCUGCGCCACAGCCUCUCCAGUGCCCCCCUCAUCGAGGACCCACCUGCCCUCACCUCCAGCCCCUGCCCACCCCAGCGGGACAGCUCCUUCGAGGACCUGGAGCGGUUCCUGAUGGGGCCCGAGGGUGCAGCCCCGGCCGAGAAGAAGGUGGCAUCUCUCCCAGAGCAGCUGAAAGGCAUCGUGAAGGACAUCCACAAUGCCGUGGACCGGCUCCUGUCCCUGGCCCUGCUGGCCUUCGAGGGCCUCAACGCCGCCCCUGCUAAGGACCAGUGCCUGGCCUGCAUUGAGGAAGCCUUCUUCCCCCCGCUUUGGGCCCCACUGCUGGCUCUGUACAGAAGCGUGUACAAGGCCCAGGAAGCUGCCCUGUCAUGGGGCAUGGAGCGCCACCACAACACACCGCCUGUGGACAUGGGGGUCCCCUCCAAGCUGCUGCCCUGGGACAGCGCAACGCAGGCGCCGGGCUCCUACCCCUACAGUACUGCCGUGCAGGAGCUGCGGCUCAUUGCCCUGGAGAGCUGCCCACAGAGGAAGCUGGACUGCAUUGUGCGAGCUCUGCGCAUGAUCUGCGAGUGUGCUGAGGAGUACUGCGGGGCACGGGAGAGCCAGCCCCCCGCGGCCGCUAUUGGUGCUGAUGACCUGCUGCCCAUCCUGUCCUACGUGGCCGUGCGGAGCAGCCUGCCCCAGCUGGUGUCGGAGUGUGCCGCACUGGAGGAGUUCAUUCACGAAGGGUACCUGAUCGGCGAGGAGGGGUACUGCCUGACCUCCCUGCAGAGCGCCUUGGCCUUCCUGGAGUCCUUGCCCGCUGGGGCCACGGCCAAAUAGUGGCCCCACACUGCUCCUCUGCCUGGGGGCACUGACAUACCUCUCAGACCGGGCACUGCGGGGAGAGGCCUGUAGGCUGCCCCCGGCCCCACACGCUGGGAAGGGCUGUGCAAUAUGUGGGGGUCUGCUUGGAGCCAGCCACCCCCUCUAACCACUGCGGGGGGCAAGGGCCCACCCCAGCCCCUGCUGCCCCACAUUGGUGCUGCAUCCGGGGCCGCAUUGACGCUUCUCCUGAGCCAACCGCUGCUGCUUUGCACCAGGAUCCCCUGGGCGUGACACUGGGGAGGGGCCCAAGGGGCAGCAUGUGCUCCCCUGGGGUCGCAGCUCACAUGCCUCUGCCCACGCUGCUCUCGUGGCUGUUGGACGUGCCCUGUGUCCGUCUGUCUGUGCACUGUGUGCGAGUGUGUGCCUGCAGUGCAGUGCCAGCUGCCCCUGAACUGCUCCACUGGGCCUGUCUGGCUUGGAGGCUGCAGCCGGAGCAGACCUGUGGUGCUGGGGGUGGCUGGAGCCGGUAAGUUGUGCUGUGCACACGUGUGUGUAUGUGCAUAUGCAUGUGUGUGUGUGUUGGGAGGGGCAUCCUGCAGCCCCCUCCUGGCUGGAGCAAGCUCGGGACUCAUGGGAGCUGUGUUGGGGCCAGGCCUGGGCAUCCCCCCACCCUGAGCCCUGGGGGCCCUCGCCCAUGCCUGUCUCCCCCUGCCCCAUCUUGGGCUGAGCAGGGUGGGAAAGGGGCUGGUCCUGCGCCCUCCCUGCCUGUCUGCAAAGCUGCUUUGCCCUGCUGGGGCCGCCCCGUGUCAGGGUCCUGGGGUAAUAAACACAUCUGUGACCUGGAGCCUCAGUGCAGGUUC